AUGAGAUUACAAUCAAAAGAAGUAUCAGAUGCAAAGAGUUCAAGAUCAACUGAUGUCAAAUGUGAUAUAUUUCUGACUGGAGCUACUGCAGCAGGAGGCACUUCAGGAUUAUCUUCGUCAGUGAAGAAGUCGGAAUCAAAAGGUACAAACCAACCACAUGAACAGGGGGGAAGAAAUUAUUCGUAUCCGCCCAAUUACGCCUCACUAAUUCUAUUGUUCAAGCUUAUGAUGAAGGCCAUGCUAAUUAUUCUGGGAAUUGGCAUUUGGAAGAUAAAGAAAAUCCAAGAAAGGAAAGAGCGACAUAUAUGGGCUAAUCAGGUCAUGAAUGAACUGGUUCAGCAUACUUCUUUAUACAAGUAUCAAAAUACUGGACAAAAUCCCCAUCAACCAAACAAAGAUAAAGAAGAAUGUGAUGUUCCUAAUCCUAUCUUGUUAGACCAAGCCCCGUCUUCAACAGCCGAUCAUGUACCAUCUAAAGGUGGAAAUAAAAAUGUUGAAACAAAUCUGUCGUCCUCAAACCAAAACAAGUAUCAGAUAGAGAGUGAUCAGAAUCAACCAGCACAUGAUUACAAACUUGGACUCAAAAACGGUAAAGAGAGGAAGGACAACAAACCCUUGGGAGAUAAGAAGAAUGGAAAUUGUGAAGCAGAUAAAAAGCAGACACCAAUAUUAAUUGCAGCAAAGAUGGGAGUGACAGAAAUGGUAGAAACAAUCCUAGACAAGUUCCCAGUGGCCAUCCAGGAUGUGGACUCUGAUAACAAGAAUGUUGUACUGUUAGCAGUUGAGAACAGGCAACCCCAUGUUUACAAUCUCCUGCGGAAGAGAAAGAUACUAAAAGAGAGCUUGUUACGUCAGUUGGACAACCAAGGUAACAGCGCUUUACAUCUUGCCGCUAGAUGUGGACAGUACCGGCCUUGGCUUAUUCCAGGUGCUGCAUUGCAAAUGCAAUGGGAAAUCAAGUGGUAUAAGUUUGUCAAAAGCUCAAUGCCACAUGGUUUCUUUGUUCGCUACAACAAAAAAGGCCAGACCCCAAAGGAGAUCUUCAUAACUUCUCACCAAAAUCUUAUAAAAGAAGGCAGCAAAUGGCUAACUAAAACCUCGGAGUCGUGCUCUGUGGUUGCAGCUCUCAUUGCAACGGUUGCAUUUGCAACAUCAGCAACUGUCCCAGGUGGACUUAAUCAGAAUACAGGUGAACCAAUUCUUAAAGACGAGUCAGCAUUCGGUGCCUUCACCAUCUCAUCACUGACUGCUCUCUGCUUCUCAGUAACUUCCCUGGUCUUCUUUCUUUCAAUUCUCACUUCUAGAUACGAAGAAAGAGAUUUUUCAAUGGAGUUGCCUCGGAAACUUUUGCUGGGUCUAACAUCACUCUUCGCAUCAAUAGCUUCCAUGUUAGUCUCAUUCUGCACAGGGCAUAUCUUUGUCCUCAAACAUCAACUGAGAUAUGUGGCAUAUCCAUUGUACGCAGCGACUUGCUUGCCGGUCACCUUUUUCGCUCUUGCACAGCUGCCCCUCUACUUUGAUCUCAUGAGGGCCAUCGUCAGAAAGGUACCACAGCGGAGCUAUAAGGUCUCUCCACACUAGUUCUUCAUCUGUUAUGGUAACUAGGUCUAAUGGGUUAUG